UAAGGCGGCCGGGCUCCGGAAGCGGCCGCAGCCUGCCCCACUGACGUGUCGGGGCCGCGAGACGCGUCGCGAAAAGUCGCGGUGGAACUUAACUGCGGGUAUAGAUCUGGCGCUUUAUGCUGCCAGACACUGCUGAGCUGGGAGAUGUCGGCUGCAGGCCGGACGGAGCCCUUGGGUCCUCCCAGCAGCUUUGCGAAGCGGCUUCUGGUGACCGGGGGUGCUGGUUUCAUCGCAUCACAUGUGAUUGUCUCUUUAGUAGAAGAUUAUCCAAACUAUAUGAUCAUAAAUCUAGACAAGCUGGAUUACUGUGCAAGCUUGAAGAAUCUUGAAACCAUUUCUAACAAACAAAACUACAAAUUUAUACAGGGUGACAUAUGUAACUCUCACUUUGUGAAACUGCUUUUUGAAACAGAAAAAAUAGAUAUAGUACUACAUUUUGCUGCACAAACACAUGUAGAUCUUUCAUUUGUACGUGCCUUUGAGUUUACAUAUGUUAAUGUCUAUGGCACUCAUGUUUUGGUAAGUGCUGCUCAUGAGGCCGGAGUGGAGAAGUUCAUUUACGUGAGCACAGAUGAAGUGUACGGAGGCAGUCUAGAUAAGGAAUUUGACGAAUCUUCACCCAAACAACCUACAAAUCCUUAUGCAUCAUCUAAAGCAGCUGCUGAGUGUUUUGUACAGUCAUACUGGGAACGAUAUAAAUUUCCAGCUGUCAUCACACGAAGCAGUAAUGUUUACGGACCACAUCAGUAUCCAGAAAAGGUUAUUCCAAAAUUUAUAUCUUUACUACAACACAACAGGAAAUGCUGCAUUCAUGGAUCAGGGCUUCAAACAAGAAAUUUCCUUUAUGCUACUGAUGUCGUUGAAGCAUUUCUCACUGUCCUCAAGAAGGGGAAACCAGGUGAAAUUUAUAACAUCGGAACCAAUUUUGAAAUGUCAGUUCUCCAGCUUGCCAAAGAACUAAUACAGCUGAUCAAAGAGACCAGUUCAGAGUCCGAAAUGGAAAACUGGGUGGAUUAUGUUAAUGAUAGACCUACUAAUGACAUGAGAUAUCCAAUGAAGUCAGAAAAAAUACAUGGUUUAGGAUGGAGACCCAAAGUGCCUUGGAAAGAAGGAAUAAAGAAAACAAGUUUUUUCCUGUCAGUUGACUGGUACAGAGAGAAUUUUCACAACUGGAAGAAUGCAGAAAAGGCAUUAGAACCCUUUCCAAUACAACCACCAUUUGUACAAUAAGGACAAUUUUCAGAGAAAAGAAGAAAAUUAUCCUACCUCGACAAGCGAUAUGAAAUCAAGUGACCAGAUGAAGUGUCCUCUUCAGAUGGAAUUAGAUUUGUGACUUUUUGCAUAAAAUUCAAAUGCAGAAUGCCUCAAUCUUUAGAAUAGUUUCAGUAUUGCCAUAGGAUUUAAAUAUUAAGAUUCAGGGGCGCCUGGGUGGCACAGCGGUUAAGCGUCUGCCUUCGGCUCAGGGCGUGAUCCCGGCGUUACGGGAUCCGAGCCCCACAUCAGGCUCCUCUGCUAUGAGCCUGCUUCUUCCUCUCCCACUCCCCCUGCUUGUGUUCCCUCUCUCGCUGGCUGUCUCUAUCUCUGUCAAAUAAAUAAAUAAAUAAAUUCUUUAAAAAAAAAAAAUAAUAAAUAAAUAAAUAAAUAUUAAGAUUCAAGUUAGGAACCAGUAG